AUGACUGGGCGCGUGCUGAGCGCAUGCUGCUUCAUCCUACAACUUGCUCUCUGUGUAGCUAACGCUGCUAACGGCAGCUUCCCCCUGCUCCUCGAUGCUACGCUGGACGAGCUGCGGCAGGGCCUCGACUCAGGCGCCUUCUCCAGCGUCGACCUGACCAAGGCCUACAUCGCCCGCAUAAACGAAGUCAAUGGCCAGCUGCACGCCGUCAACGAGAUCAACCCCGACGCGCUGAAGAUCGCCGCCGAGCGGGACAAGGAGCGCUACAACGGCACCGUCGGUCCCCUGCACGGGAUCCCCAUCCUCAUCAAGGACAACAUCGCCACGGACGACAAGAUGAACAACACGGCCGGCUCCUUCGCCCUGGUCGGCGCCCGGCCGCCGCGGGACAGCACCGUCGCCGCGAAGCUGCGCAAGGCCGGCGCCGUCAUCCUCGGCAAGGCGAAUCUGUCGCAGUGGGCCAACUUCCGCAGCGACAACGGCAGCUCCGGCUGGUCCUCCGUCGGCGGGCAGGCCAUCGGCGCCUACUUCCCCGGCCAGGACCCGUCCGGCUCGUCGUCCGGCAGCGGCGUCGCGUCCUCGGUCGGCCUGGCCUGGGCGUGCCUCGGCACCGAGACCGCCGGCUCCAUCAUCUCGCCCUCCGAGGAGAACAACCUCGUCGGCAUCAAGCCCUCGGUCGGCCUCACCUCGCGCUACCUGGUGGUGCCCAUCUCCGAGCACCAGGACACUGUCGGCCCGAUGGCGCGCACCGUCAAGGACGCUGCGCACCUUCUGCGCGCCAUCGUCGGCAAGGAUUGCCACGACAACUACACGUCCGCCAUCCCCUUCGCCGACAAGGAUGUCCCGGACUACGUCGCUGCCUGCAAGACCUCCGGCCUGCAGGGCAAGCGCAUUGGCGUGCCGCGCGGGCUGGCCACCGGCGGCGAGGACUCGGGCUUCCCCGCGGCCGUCGCGACGGCGUUCCGCCACGCGCUGGGGCUCCUGCGCGCCAGUGGCGCCGUCCUCGUCGAGGACGUCGACUUCCCCGGCUACGAGCAGCUCGGAAGCGCCAACGAUGUGGUGCUCAAGGCCGACUUCGUCACCGGCGUGCGCGAGCUGUACCUGAAGCACCUGAAGACGAACCCGCACAACGUGACCUCGCUCGCCGACCUGCAGGCCUUCACCCACCGGGACCCCCGGGAGGGCUGGCCGGAGCGCGACACGGGCAUCUGGGACUCGGCCCUCGCGCUGGGCUUCGGCAACGACUCGCCGCAGUUCCGGGAGGCUUACCAGGAGCAGCUCACGUUGGGCGGGGAGGGAGGCCUGGCGGGCGCGCUGAAGAAUCGCACGCUGGACGCCGUGUUCGCGCCGUCGGGCUACGCGUCCGGCCUGGCGGCGCUGCUGGGCCACCCGGUCGUUACGGUACCGAUGGGCCGCAUGCCGAACGACACGAAGGUUACGCAGAACGGCUUCGGCAACUUGAACGCGACGGCCCCGAACCAGCCGUUCGGGGUGGCGUUCGCGGGGGAUCACUUUACGGAGGAGGCUCUCAUCGGCAUGGCGUAUGCGCUGGAGCAGCAGACGUUGGUUCGCGAAAAGGUGCGCCCGAUUGUCCUGCCCAAGACGGAGCUGAAUGAUGUUGUCGGCAAGUGA